UUUGAACCUAUAGCCACAGGUGCGGAAGUAUCAAAAACCCUAACUCCAGAACCUUCCUCGCCCUCUCCAAUUCAACACCAACCAUCUCUCUCUAUUGCUCUUCCAGGUUUGAAUUCUGUUAGGUAGAGAGGAGGAAAUAUAAGGAGCUGUCAAUGAGGCCACUGGAUGAGAAUGAGACCACCCAAGUCUUUGAAAAGCUUUACAAAUUUGUGGGCAACAACCUGAAGAACAUAGUGGAGAGCCCCUCACAUGAGGGCCCUGACCCAUCUCCAGGGCGGUAUUGCUUCCGGCUCCAAACGAACCGAGUCUAUUAUGUUUCAGAAUCCCUUGUCAAGAGAGCUACAAACAUAAAGAGAGAUAACCUGAUCUCUCUUGGGACCCAAAUUGGGAAAUUCACCAAAGGUGGCAAGUUUCACCUUACGAUCCAGUCAUUGAGUUUGUUAGCCGCCCAUGCUAGACACAAAGUUUGGCUAAAACCCACUUCUGAAAUGAGCUUUUUGUAUGGAAACAAUGUUUUGAAAGGCGGGGUUGGGAGGAUUACUGAGAAUGUAAGUGAGCAUGAUGGGGUGGUGGUUUUCUCCAUGUCUGAUGUGCCACUGGGAUUCGGCAUUGCUGCAAAGAGUACACAAGAUUGUCGGAAGUUGGACCCUAAUGGGAUUGUGGUGCUGCACCAGACUGAUAUCGGGGAGUACUUGAGAAUGGAGGAUGAACUUUGAGAAUGAGUGGGAAACUGAUAAUUCUGGUAACAUAGUGCUUUUUGAGUUAUUUGAGCCUAAUAUUGGACCUCUGUUUACUCAAAGGAAAGUUAUAUUCACCAGUAAAAUAUACCUGCUUACAUCUCGUUUUUUCAGCUUCAGAUGCUUGGAUCAAUAGACUGUAUGAAGAAAGUGAACUUUUAUUGUCCUGUAACUUAAUUAUGGUUGUCAAUAGUGCAGUUUGAACAAUCUGUUAACACAUUAUUAAUAUGGUUGAAGAUGUGGUUAGUCUU